AUGUUCACCGCAUUUAAUAUCCUUCAACGCCGUGCAGUGCUUCUUAAUACGGGUCUCAAGGUCCGCCGAGAUCAUUUCAAGACCUUUGCGAGCAGAUUCGCAUCCGUAUCCGAUGAGGCCAUAGCGCGAGUUUGCACUCGCGUGGCGGAGACCGGUUUGCUCGGUGCUGAGAACGCCGAGGAACGUAAGGUGGUACAGUUGAUGAAAGAAGUACAACUCGUGAACCGCAACGUACCUGGCUCCUCCGCUUCACGUGUCGCGAUGCGCAAUGAAAUUCGCGCACUGAUGGCUACCCACGGCAUGCCGAGCUUCUACUUAACAAUAAACCCUGCCGAUAUAUAUUCGCCUGUAGUGAAGCUGUUAGCAGGAGCCGACAUAGACAUAGACCGGCUUUUACCGGAAGAUGUUCCAGACCCUUGGGAACAGUCUAUCCUUGUGGCCCGCAAUCCGGUCAUAGCUGCGAAGUUUUUCAAUGUAUAUAUAAAAGCGUUCAUAAAA